UUCUCGAUACUUCAUAGUUGGCACUUUUUUCUUGGUAGUUCAUGGUCUAGGUUAGCUGGGGCCUGAGAGAAAUUCUAUUAUUCUUCACAUGGGUCUCAGAUGGCUUACACAUUCCUUCCCGCUCUGUUUCUAGUUUCUACUCUAUUUUGUGAUUCUUCUGCAGAGAGUUCGCUCCAUCUUUACAGUAAACAGAUAAAAAUGAAAAAAAAAAGAAUAAAUAAAAUAGAGAGAGAGAGAGAGAGAGAGAGACUUCGCUUUCUAGUCGUUCUUUUCCAGCAAUGGAUGGUCAGACUAAAAGCAUAGCUUUUCUUACAUUACUAGCGUCCCAAGACGAAGCAAUUACGAGCCCUAGCUUUAAAUGCCAACCUUUCUGCUACUCUGCUCCGUUCAGUGAAGAUUUUAUCUCGAUCUCGACGUCAUUGAAUUCUGCUGGCAACUCUGUGUAUUUUCUCUCCAAUGCGCUGGAGGAUAAGUUCCUGACCAUGGACCUUGCCCGUUCCCGGGUUUUUCUGGAUGGUCUUGAAACCCCUCGAAACAGUUUGGAUCUGCCACUAGAACCUUCACAGAGCUGUUCUACAUCUGGAAACAUACUGUAUUCAUAUCAAACGAAGCACAGCUCCUCCAGAAAGAAUUGUUAUCCAAGUAAGGCUUCCAUGAAAAAAUUGAUUGAUGAGGAGAUUUCUAGAGGAUCAGACACCAGAAGGAAUGCGCCUAGUGUUGUGGCCCGUUUGAUGGGGAUGGAUACACUACCAUCAGACACAAAACCGACAACCCAUGCAAAGGAGAAAAAGAACCAAAGUGAUGAACAAUUUGAAAAUGGCUCAAUUCGGCGCAGUGCUUUUGGCUCAAAAUCCUUUAGGAAAACGGAGGUUGAUUUCCUAACCCAUUUUUGGGAAAGAGAUCCUGACUUAUCCAGCAGUGGUAUGAAAUAUGGAAAACCACGGUCUCGGGAGCAUCCUCAAGAGGAUGAACUACAGAAAUUCAAGAAAGAAUUUGAAGCAUGGCAAGCAGCCAGAGUUUGGGAACAUCCAAAGGUUGUUGAACUUGGCAGAAUUCCUGGGCAACGGCUUGCUGAAGAGAACCUGAACAAGGAAAGAAAGGCACUCUAUACAGACUCUAGGAGUUUGAUAGAAAAUAAUAAACUUGUAGAACCAAAAUGUCAUACUUCAUUGGCAAUAAUAAAAGGAAGCUCACAAGAAAGAGGUGCAUUACAUCAUCAAGGAUAUAAGAAAGAAACUUUCCCAGCUAACCAAAUUGAAUCUGCCACCUUAAGAAACAGAACAAAAUCUAUUCACUCUGAGCAGAUCCCCCUAAUGGAUUGUGAUCAGAAAUUUGGUAAGACUUAUGAUAACAAACUGGGUAAGUCUUCUGUGCCAACAAGGAUAGUGAUCUUGAAGCCUGGCCCUGACAGGAAUGGGGGUAGUGAAGAUUCUUGUGCUGGUUCAUCAGAAGCUGUUGAAGAGGAAGGCAGUAUUGAAGACUUGCUUGAGGAAGUAAAGGAAAGAUUGAGAUGUGAAAUUCAGGGGAAGAGUGCUAAAAGAGAUACUGCAGUCAGAAGGGGUGGGAUUUGGACCUCUUUCAGUGAAAAACAAUCAGAUCCAAAAGAAAUUGCUUGGAGUAUAGCACAACAGGUCAGAGAAAAUGUUACUAAGGGCCUUGGGAUAAAUUUGCUACGAUCAGAAUCAACAAGAUCCUACAGAAGUGAAGCUCAGGUGAAUGGGCAAGGUUCUUCAGAGUUCAUCAAUAGAGACACCAGGAAAUUCUUGUCUGAGAAGCUGAGGAAUGUUGUAAAAGGAGAAACACCAAUAGAUUAUCCCCCAAGUGUUGGUGGCUGCUCAAGAGCUUCUGCUUUAGGCAAUGAGGAGAUCAGACCAAGACCAACUGGAGGUGUUCUGCUGAGUGGGAAUAUUGGCGGUUGUUGGGAAGAUUUGAGAGAUAAGCCAGAAAUUCAAACCCGAUCUUUCAGACAUGGGCAUAAAAGUGAUGCGAUGCUCUAUACAGGGGAGUUAUCCCCAAGGAAUCUCAUCAGAUCUUUGUCAGCUCCAGUUUCAGGAAAUUCAUUUGGGAAGCUUCUUUUAGAGGAUCGACACAUUUUAACUGGAGCCCAGAUCAGGAGGAAGCAUGAAGCCACUGAAAAUGUUUCAGUGGAAAUGAGAAAAAAGAGAAAAGAAAGGUUAAAUUUCAGGGGUAAAGUCUCAAAACUUCGUUACAGUUUCACUCUUAGAGGUAAGUUAUUUGGCAGGAAGAUUCAAGCAGUGGAGGAAUCUGGAAGCAAUGAAUCUGAUUCUGUGAAGGAUAAUGGACCUACAGUUGUGAUGAAUCCUUGGAAUGCACAUGAAAACUUGACUGAGGUGCCACCUAGCCCUGCAUCGGUGUGCAGCAGUGGGCAUGAAGAGUUCUGUCAGCCUGUAGAUCAUCUAAGCCCAAUUUCCACUUUGGAUGUACCUUUGAUAGAAGAUUGCCCAAUGCCACGGGUUUUUAGAGAGAUCAGCUCUAAUCUUCAAGAACUGAAGAAGCAGUUGAACCAACUUGAUUCUGAUGAGUCUGAUGACACGCCGAUCAGAGAGGGCCCCCCAGAAGCUGAAACACUGGAAAUAGAAAUAGAAGACGAAGCUGAAGCUUACAUGAGAGAUCUUCUAGUUGCUUCUGGUUUAUAUGAUGGAUCAUUUGAUUGCUUUUUUCCAAAAUGGGACCCAACUGAAAAGCCCAUUAGCAACUCCAUAUACGAGGAAGUAGAAGAGUCUUACAGAAGAAGAGCAAAAGGGAAUGAAGAAGAAACCAAGGAUCAGAACGAAAGUAAGGAAGAUCAUAAGCUGUUAUUUGAUCUGUUGAAUGAAGCACUGGCAAAAAUUCUUGGAUCUUCAUCAACAAUAUCCAGACUGAAGAGAAAGGUGCUUGGUCUCGCCACAGUAUCAUCUACUUGUGGAAGUAGAAAGAAAUUAUUGGAUGCUGCAUGGGAAAUGGUCCGUAUGUAUGUACAUCCUCCAAUGGACGGAUCAUAUUAUUCGAUCGAUAGCGUGGUGGCCCGCGAUAUGGAGACAACCGUUUGGUCUGAUAUGAUGCUUGAUGAUAUUGAUAUAAUAGUAAGAGAGAUGUCAUGGGUGAAUCUGGGGGAGUUGAUGGAGGAAACUGUGAAGGAUAUGUUAUUAUAAUGGUGUGGUCUGUAUUCUGUAGAUUGAGUAGACCCACGAUGGGCUGUGGCUGAUGAACGUUCAUUGCAGUAAGUGGUCGCAGCAUUUUCUUGCGACCACUCAAAAAAGCGCGCGGGGGUGGUCGGGUCAGUGUUUUAUUGGCGGGCGCUAGAAAAUGCUGCGACCACGGUCUCAGCAGAUUGAGCACACACUAUUGAAUUUUGUUUUAGUUGGGUUUAACAAACAAGAAGAAAUUAAAGGAGCAGCACACAACUACAUAAGCUUGGGGGUAGGCGUAGCGUGUCUAGUGUUCUCAAUCUUCAAAUGAAAUUCGGUUGAUUCUGAAUUUGAUUUUGGAUGUUGUAAUAGUCACUUAGUUUCUGCAAUUUAUUUUAACCUUUUAAGGCCACUCUGGAACGUUGAUCAUGUGCAGAUAUGAUCAUAUGAUCUGCGUUUGGAUUUAACAAAA